AUGACUACAAAGGAGCUUCCCAAGGAAUUGGAAGCUAUUCAAACUGAAUCACAACAUGAGGCACCACCACCAUACUCGAUAUUUGAUUCUAAAGAUAGACUAAUACUUAUAUUAAUCCUUUCUUCAGUUGGAUUCUGGAGUACUAUUUCAAGUCCUAUUUAUUUUCCAGCAUUACCUACUUUAACUGAAUAUUUCCAUACAACAUCAUCAGUAAUGAAUAUCUCAGUGGUAGCAUAUUUAGUAUUUCAAGGCAUUGCACCUACUGUUUCUUCAAAUUUAGCAGAUACAUUUGGUCGUAGACCUGUUAUACUAGCAAGUUUAAUUAUAUUUUGUGCUUCUUGUAUAGCUCUUUCUCAAACCAAUGUAUACUGGUUAUUAGCAUUAUUACGUUGUAUUCAAGCAGCCGGAAUUGCUCCCGUGAUAUCGAUUAGUUCUGGAGUCGCCGGUGAUGUGUGCACUAGGGCCACCCGUGGUGGGAUGGUAGGUGCCGUUUCUGGUUUACAAUUAGUUGGAAACGGUAUUGGUGGAUUAGUAGGUGCAGCAUUAAUCACUGGAUUUAAUACUUGGAGAUCUAUAUUCAUAUUUUUAACAAUUGGAGGUGGUAUCACUUUUAUAACUGCCAUUUUCGUGCUACCUGAAACUUCCCGUAGAAUAGUUGGGAAUGGUUCUAUAAUCCCCAAGAAUAUAUUAAGCAAAUCAGCAUUAAUUUAUCUACCAAGAUUGAAAUCAAAAUUAACUAACGAUACAUCUACAUUAGCACCCAUGACAAAGUUUGAUUUAUUUGGUCCAUUAAGAAUAUUUUUCCAAGUUGAUGUAUUUUGUACAUUACUACCCCUGGGUAUACAUUUUGCUGCCUGGACUGUAGUUCUUACAUCUUUAUCUACAGAAUUGGAGUCAGAUAAGUAUAAUUAUAAAGUAAUGCAUGUGGGUUUGAUAUAUCUACCACAAGGAAUUGCAUGUUUUAUAGGAUCAUUACUUGUGGGGAAAUCAUUGAAUUGGUAUUACCGAUACAGGAAAAGAUUAUAUGAUGAACAUGUGGAAAAAUUAUCCAUUAAUGAACAUCCUCCAUUUAAUAUCGUUUCAACAAGACUUACUUUAACCAUUGUUCCAGCAACAUUGAUGAUUAUAGGAUUGGUUAUUUUUGGUUGGUGUAUACAAUUCAAACGUCAUAUCAUCUCCAUAAUAAUAUCUACAAUUUUGGUAUCAUUUUCCGCAUCAGUAUUGGUUGCUAUAUGUACUACAAUGUUGGUGGAUUUAUAUCCCAAUAAUGGUAGUGGAUCCGCUAGUUGUCUCAAUUUAAUGAGAUGUUUAUUGGCUGCAUUGUUUACAGGAGUACUCGACAAGAUGAUUAGCUCAAUGGGACUUGGUGCCACUUAUACUGUAAUUGCUGGGCUAUGUCUAUUAUGUGAUAUAUGUCUAGUUUAUGUCCUCUAUUCAGCCAACAAACGAUUUAAUAGUUUUCACUUAUAA